AUGAAUGGAAUGCUGAUAUUUACAUAUUUUAGGCAUUCUAUAUUUUAUGAGAAUUCCCGUUAUGUGCUCUUUGUUCAUUUGGUUAUUAAUGAUGUGUUUGAGCUGAGCGUAGCAUUGACUUUGCACAUUUGGAAUGAGGUGAAGACCUUCAUGCUUGUGCCUGUUUGCUAUGCCUUGGUCAUUUUCGCAUGCAACACCACUCUGAACACUCCUUUAAACCUGGCUGUGAUGUGUCUGGAGCGAUACAUCGCUAUCUGCUACCCCCUGCGCCACUCCCAGAUCUGCAGUCUGCAGAGGACCUACAUCGCCAUCGGAGUUAUCUGGUUCAUUGGUUUUAUUCCCCCGAUCACAGACCUCUUUAUAGUCCUGGCAGUAGAGCAGACCAGUUUCUUCAGCACAUCCAUUUACUGCCUCCGUGAGACUUUAUUGAGGCUUUCCUAUCAAUUUGACAAAAGACUGUAUCUAAAGAUCUUGUAUUUUUCAGUGGUGUGGCUGGUCAUAGUGUGCACCUAUCUGCGGAUCAUGUUCGCAGCCAGGUCGGCCAGCUCCUCUGAGAAGACCUCUGCUAAAAAGGCCCGAAACACCAUCCUGCUCCACGGGCUCCAGCUCCUGCUGGCCAUGCUGACCUUCAUCGCUCUUUACAUAAUUCCCAGAACAUUAAGCCCUGUUAUCUAUGGGCUGAGAGAUGAGAACUUCAGGAAGCACCUGAAAGGUCACUUACCUUGCUUUCAAAACCCAGUAGCACCCAGUAAAGCGUCACAUAAUCACAGCUUGGGGAAAUAA